AUGACCGAUGUAUCCCGACGCCGACAACAGCCUCGAAAGAGGUACCUGAGAACCCGAGCCAGUAAAACUUCCCCAGGUCCCCAACACCAGAACACAAAUGGAAUAUUGGGCUCUGGGUCAUGGGAGAAGACGAAGAUUCUGCCGCGCUUUUCAUCAUGGUUUCAACCCCAUCGACGAUACGACCCCAAAGAGUCCUUUUUUCCAUUCCCCAAAAUUACAUUCCUCAUUGACCAACCAACAGAAGUCAAGUGUCAGAUAUGCCAUCAGGCGAGCUGUCAGAUCAAAUCAGACGCAGAGCCGCCUGACGGAAGUACGUUUGGUCUAAUGCCAUGUGGUCAUGCUGCUUGCUUGCAGUGCCUUGAAGGGUGGUUCGAGUAUCAGGGCACUUGCCCCUUCUGCCGAGUCGAUCUCAUCUAUCCCGGGUGUGGGCAUAGAGUUCCAGCGAGACCCCUGACUAGGGAAGGACUUCACCUGCUACCAAAGACACUACCAGACCAGGGCAGGAUCCCGAAUUUCUGUGCGCAGUGCCUCAAAGCAGAAUUGUUGACGCAAGCAAAAGAAAAACUUAAACCAGCCACGGAAGAGUUUGAAGAAGCCAGACUGCGAUUUUACCACACCAAAGCGCCCACUGACGAGGCAAUUAUGCUGAACAAGAGAGACGAGUUUGAGACAGUGUUCCGAGAGGAUGUAUACUUCAAGCAACUAAGCACGUGGUUGACAAGCUGGUAG